GGAACAGUUUUUAUUUGAAAUUCGACGAAAUUGUUGUUGGUAGUUCAGGUAGUUUGCGUGGUACGGUCGGGACGUGUGAGUUGCGCAACAUAGAUUUGCGGAUUGGAAGUGUUUUGUGAGAUAGAAAAUUUGUAUUUUCCUCUCGAUACCGAGGGGCAAGUGAUGUGCCGAGCCUGAUAUAAUAACAGUUGCGAUUUGUGCGUGCACAAAGUUGAUUUAAGCGAAAGGAAGUUGUGGUUUGCUGUCAGCGUGACGUUUUUCCUGUGUUUUGCAGUCGACGAGAACAAGAAAGGACCCUAAUCUAAAAUGCUGACGCGGUCGUUGUUAUUAAAUAGCAGUUUACAGAAAGUAUGCGCUGCUUCAUUAGGGCGCACAAUAUCACCACAGACUCAAUCAGUUCCUACAACACCAAAUAAUCAGUCACCCAACCUUCGGCAAUAUCAUGAAGUUACCGGCGACAUUGUUUGCCCAUCGAUGAUACAAGGUAUCGAUCAUUUGCGAGAUCCUCGAUUGAAUAAGGGAUUGGCUUUCACUCUAGAAGAGCGACAAGUACUAGGCAUCCAUGGCCUUCAACCAGCACGCUUCAAGUCGCAAGAAGAACAACUUGAGUUAUGCAAAAUUUCAAUUAAUCGAUACCAAGAAGAUCUGAAUAAGUAUCUUUACUUAGUUGAUUUACAGGAUCGAAAUGAACGACUCUUCUUCAGACUUGUGGCAGAGAAUGUAGAACAGAUGAUGCCAAUUGUGUACACACCCACCGUUGGAUUAGCAUGCCAAAAAUUCGGUUUAAUUUAUCGACGGCCGCGUGGCCUUUUCGUUACAGUAAACGAUCGUGGACAUGUAUUCGACGUACUCAGGAAUUGGCCCGAACCUGACGUACGAGCUAUUGUCGUUACAGACGGUGAACGCAUCUUAGGUUUAGGUGAUUUAGGUGCCUGUGGUAUGGGUAUUCCUGUCGGAAAAUUGGCUUUAUACACAGCCCUGGCUGGAAUCAAGCCUCACCAAUGUUUACCAAUUUUAAUUGACGUCGGAACCAACAAUCAAGAUCUUCUGGAAGAUCCUUUGUACAUUGGUCUCAGACAGAAGCGAGUUGUUGGAGAGGAAUACGAUUCAUUUAUCGACGAGUUCAUGGAAGCAGUCGUAAAGCGAUACGGUCAAAAUACCCUGAUUCAAUUCGAGGAUUUCGGCAACCAUAACGCCUUCCGGUUUUUGGAUAAAUACCGUAAUCAUUACUGUACUUUCAAUGACGAUAUUCAGGGCACAGCAGCAGUUGCAGUAGCUGGUUUAUAUGUCUCACGACGUGUUACUGGCAAGAAUUUCCACGACAAUAAGAUUUUAUUCGUUGGAGCUGGAGAAGCAGCCAUUGGUAUUGCGGACUUAUGCGUACGAGCUAUGCAAGCAGAAGGUGUAUCCCUGGAGGAAGCUCGUUCGAAAAUUUGGAUGAUGGAUAUUGAUGGUCUUCUUACAACCGGCCGCAAAGAAGGAUCCUUGGAAGGACAUAAAGUUUACUAUGCUAAGGAGUAUCCAGCAAUGCGAAAUCUUCAAGAGGUCAUAGAAAGUUUGAAGCCUUCGGUGCUGAUUGGUGCUUCAGCCGCUGGCGGCAUUUUUACACCCGAGGUACUGCAAACGAUGGCAUCAUUUAAUGACCGCCCCGUAAUCUUCGCUCUAUCAAAUCCAACGAGUAAAGCUGAAUGCACGGCUGAACAAGCCUACAAAUAUACUGAAGGUCGAUGCAUUUUCUCAUCAGGAUCGCCCUUCCCGCCAGUGGAAGUGAAUGGAAAAAUUUACAAACCAGGUCAAGGCAAUAAUGCUUACAUUUUCCCAGGCGUCGCGUUAGGUGUGAUCGCAACAAUGACACAUCAUAUUCCUGAAGAUAUGUUCUUGAUCGCAGCCAGAGAAUUGGCUGACAGCGUUGAUGAAUCUGAUUUAGAACAAGGCUCACUGUACCCACCGUUGGAAAAAGUUCGUGAAGUUUCUCUUCAAAUUGCAAUUGGAAUUACACGAUUUGCAUACAAUAAAGGCCUCGCAUCUACAUAUCCCGAGCCAGUGGAUAAACGAAAAUGGCUAGAGGAUCAACUGUAUAACUUCAACUACGAAUCAUCGAUGCCGGUGACCUGGCCCUGGCCAAAAAUGCCCCACAUUAAGACACGAGAAUUGGUUCCAACUCAACUUUUGAAGGAUGCAAAGUAGAUUAUACUCUUUUCGUUAUCACCAACACAUCAGAACGUUGAUUUUCGUUUCGAAACCAAGUGAACACAAAACCUGUAAUGUAGAUUAACUAGUAGAAAAGAUUUCACGAAAAGUUGAGAGGAAAGAUUUAUGCGUGAUAUAUUUGUUGUCAGUUGAUAAUUCUUGCCGUACGCACCGUAACCACUAAACAACUACCAUAUUUUACAAAAAGUCAAAUAAGUUUUUGAUAGUGAUUUAGAUCGUUCUGUCCCAAUUUUCGCAAUAUUAUUCUAAAGUUCGUGUUUGAUCUUAAAUUCUACUGUGGAAAUUAAUUGUGACCAUAAGGGCGACGAAGUAUUUUUAAAAUUGUGACAUAUUGAUAUCAAAAUUCAGUAUUCUAUUCGUACCGUCCUCUAUUUUCCUCCUGAUUUCCUCAUAUAAUGAAAAGUAUAAGUAAUUGAGUAUACUUUUAAUAACUUAUGAAAUGUGUUUUCUGAAAACACAAUGUGCAUUACGUUUUAAGCUCUAAUUUAUUUCGAAAAUUAAUUUUAAGCGUGUUGUCCAUGCCUGCGUUGAUUUUAAAAAAAUCAUCUAGUUAACAUCUACAACACAAUUGUAUUAUGUUUAAUUUACUUUUAGGCGUAAAUUGAUUUUGAAGCCUUUUUUCUUUUUAGAAAUAAAACUCUUGUAAGCAGGGAAGCACAACAACAUGAUGAAGUGACUUUAUCCAGUAGCGAAAAUAUGCUGUCACGGACGUAAUAUGUAUGCAUGUUGAAUUUUUCAAUUCCCUCGUAGGAAUAAAAUACUGCCAAUUAUCAAAAGUUGUCUCGGAAGAAACGUUAUUUGAGUCUUUUCAACGGUAGAGUGAAAUGUUAUUCAUUGUGUUCUGAUGUUAAAUAUUUUUUAACCAUCAUCGUGUAUUUUGAGACGAAUAUACAUACUUUGAACCUGAAGUGACGAUCAUAUUUUCAAUAUUUUUGCGUUUUUUUCUUCUUUUUUUAAAAAGAAAUAUUUAGUUUUUGGAAAAUCUUGACUUAUUGAUUGGUGAUCGUCAAUUUCAUAAAUGUUCGGCACUCAGAACAUGGAAAAUAGCAUAGGCAAAUUAAUGAUAGAUUACAGCGUAAAAUUAUGAGAAGAAAAUGUUUACAAAAUAAACUCAUUGUAUGUCUUAGCUAAAGGAAAUUGUAAUAUUCAAAAUUCGAAAUUUUAACAGAAAUACAUUGUUUCGAAAUGUUUCAA